UUCACCCUCCUCCUUCCACAGUCUGAGCACACACAUAUACAACCACCCGCAGUUAGUUUGACUGCCAUCGGCUUGGUGCACCACGGUUCCGUUUCUUUUUCCUAGUGUAAAACCGCUGUAAAUGACAGUGCGGCACUGCAUUGGAGGCUCUGACUUAAAAGGGUUCAUACAUUUACACCUGGAUACGGUUGCUCUCAGGACGACAGGGUGGAGACAUCAGGACUGAGUCAGACGUAUAGGCACCUAUAGGGUCAACCUCUACUGUUUCAAGUGGAUUCGGACUUGACACAAGCCUGUCCUGUUCUGAGAGGGGAGAGAAGCAGGUGACAUGACUGGAGCUGGGGCUGAGGAUGACAUCCCAUUGGGUGAAAGGAAGACGGUCACAGACUUCUGCUACCUGCUGGACAAGUCCAAACAACUCUUCAAUGGUCUAAGAGAUCUUCCUCAGUACGGACACAAGCAGUGGCAGUCCUACUUCGGCCGCACCUUUGACGUCUACACCAAGCUGUGGAAGUUUCAGCAGCAGCACAGGCAGGUCCUGGACAAUCGGUAUGGCCUGAAGAGAUGGCAGAUAGGGGAGGUGGCGUCCAAAAUAGGCCAGCUGUACUACCACUACUAUCUUCGUACCUCAGAAACAAGUUACCUGAAUGAGGCCUUCUCGUUCUACUCGGCCAUCCGUCAGCGGUCCUACUACUAUCAGGUCAACAAAGAGGAUAGGCCUGAGUUGGUAGUGAAGAAGCUCCGGUAUUAUGCCCGCUACAUAGUAGUCUGUUUACUUCUGAACAAGAUGGACCUAGUGAAGGUGCUGGUCAAGGAGCUGUCAGAGGAAAUCGAGGACUAUACACAGCGCUUCAACACAGAAGAUCAGUUAGAAUGGAAUCUUGUCUUACAAGAGGUGGCAGCUUUUGUGGAGGCAGACCCAGUGGUGGUGCUGAACGAUGAAAACACUGUGGUCUUCACAUCCAAUCGGCUACAGGAGGGGGGCGUGCCUCAGUUGGAACAGGGAAUGGUAGUUGGCCAGCUUACCCUGGCAGAUGCACUAAUCAUUGGAAACUGCAACAACCAGGUAAAAUUCAGUGAGCUAACCAUCGAUAUGUUCCGCAUACUCCAAGCUUUGGAGCGGGAACCAGUCAACCUGGCUACUACAACUUCUAAACCUGGAACAUUGGCCCUUACCCCAUGUCUUCCUUCACAGGAACCCAGCGAGAAGCCAGCCAAGAGAGAGAACCCUCACAAGUACCUGCUGUACAAGCCAACGUUCAGCCAGCUCUACACCUUCUUGUCUGCCUCCUUUAAGGAGUUGCCAGCGAACAGUGUGCUGCUCGUCUAUCUUUCAGCUACUGGAGUCUUCCCUACCGGACGCUUGGAUUAUGAGGGACCAUAUGACUUUGGAGGAGUUCUCACCAACACAAACCGUGAUGUGGUGAACGGGGAGACUGUACAGAAAAGGAACCAAGCCCAAAAAGAGAUGCACUGCCUUCACCCUGGGGACUUGUUCCCUUUCACCCGGAAGCCUCUCUUUGUCAUUGUGGACUCUUCCAACAGCACAGCCUAUAAGAAUUUCACCAAUCUCUUUGGUCAGCCGCUGGUGUGCCUGCUAUCUCCCACAGUCUAUCCAAAGAGCAUGCAAGACCAGUCUCAGCGCGGCAGCCUCUUCACACUCUUCCUGUACUGCCCCCUUCUGGCCUUCCUGUCAGUGUGUGGCCUGAGCAGCCUGCGCCAAGGAUUGUGGGAGAAGGCCGAGGAGUUUCUACACAAGGUGUACCGUGACAUCGGCCAGAUGAUUACACGCUCACAAGCUAUAGACCAAGCCUUUCUACAGUUCUACGGUGAUGAGUUCCUCCGAUUGUUACUGAUCCGCUUUGUGUUUUGCUCGGCUACACUGAGACUGCACAAGCUCUUCCGGGAGUCCAGGAGCUUCCCGGAAUCGUACCCUCAGCUACCCAAACAGGACACGGUGGAGAGCAGCCUCCUGCAGAAGCACGUUCUGGAGCUGGCCGCCAUGUUGGAUGUGCGGAGCCUCUUUUGGGACGGAACGCUGGACGUGAACUACUAACCUUCAGCUGCCCAGCUAGUCACCACAACUAUACAAACGCAGACCACCGCUAUACACAUUCGCACAAGGGAGAGUCCUCAUCUUUCAGAGGUAAUUAAGUUACUGGUUGAACACACUGCAAUAGUGUCUGUUUCUUUUUAACCCAAGAUCCCCUUAUUUCCCCUACCUAAUUGACUUUACCCUAUCGGCUAUACUUAUUUCCCCUACCUAAUGUACUUUACCCUAUCGGCUAUACUUAUUUCCCCUACCUAAUGUACUUUACCCUAUCGGCUAUACUUAUUUCCCCUACCUAAUUUACUUUACCCUAUCGGCUAUACUUAUUUUAAGUACAUUCAUACAGCUACUUGUGGAAGUCAACUAUGUACAAUGCAAACAUGAACAAGUUACCUAGCUACUUAUAUCCACAUGAGCUGAGCAUGUACUACCGUGUUGUUACUAUAAAAAAAAGCACUCAAAUGAAGACAUGGUGCAGCUAUUUUAGUCUGAGGGUGGCAGGAGGACACGUGAAGCUAUCGAUGGCUUUAACACUUAAAAAGACAGAAAAUAAAUGAACAUAGUUUUACGACAGCACUGCCUGCAAUGGGUUCUAGAUGGAUGCUUCCAGCUAUCUGAACUGCAAAUGAACUUCAAUGCAAGCUGUAGGGAAGUCUCUUCUUCUGUGCAUGGGUAGAUGUGUUGGCCAAGUUUACUGGAUGUAGGGUUUAGAGUGAGACUAACCUCCAUAUUUGUUUACCCAAAUAGAUCUGCUGGUUUUAACACAUCGAAUUCUAAUGUAAUUGCCUGGAAGUUGCUUUUUUUUGUUUAAUUUCAGUAGUCUGUUCUGUAAAACUGAGGCAUGGAUGGGUAAAGUAACAGAGUGCCUGCCUAUGCAGACCCUCAUGAACAGUUUAGCCCUGUUCAGAAACAACCACUUUCUCCUACCAUCUAGGCACCAGCUCUGACCCGUUUAGGUGCCAGCUCCUAACAUCUAGGUACUAACAUACGGUGGCGGUGUCAGCAGCUCUGAAUGAUCUGCAAACAUAUCCGCUCAUUUAGUGCAGUGACUGAGCAAGCGGGAGGCCGCUAAUCUAUUUUCACUGUCUAUUACUCCUUGUAUCAGAGCAGGUUUUCGGACUGGGAUUACCGCCGGUAUAUGUUUAAGCACCAUGCAGGUACACAGCUGCCCAGCCCCUCACAGGCCAAUCAAAAUAGAUAAAUAGACACAUCUCUCCCAAUCUUCUGCUUUUUCAAAGAAAUCACUUGAGGAACCAGGGUAACACUCCUUCUGGGGUGGAUCUUUUAAAAGAUUUAGCUUUGACCUUGAUUGGCAGCAUAUCAUUGGCUGCAUAUCUUUUGAGACAUUGUAGGGAUGGAAAAGGCCUCUCUAUGCUGUAGCCUAUAUGUUUUGGGGGUUGCAUCCCAUGGCAAUUAUAGUCUUACGUAUUCUCUACUUAACCGACUUUCUCCUGACCAGUUCUUUCAGACUAGUGGGGAUUACGGAAAUUAGGUAAAGGGGGUAGAUUCUGAGAUUCACCCCUCCUGAUUCAACAACUAUUGGUUUCUGGAAAUGUAGGACUUUGAGAGGCCCUGUGUCAUUCAUUAUAACUAAGCCCCCAUAAUGGCAUUCCUCUGUCUUAGGCAUGGUGGUUUACUGGAGAGAGCUCAUGCUGCUGUUUCUCUUUCUUUGCAUGUCUUAUCAGUAUUCUUGUCCAUAGAGUUUACUCUGUCGAGUUCAUAUUAGUCUGUUUGCAGGUCAGUUCCAGCGUUAGCCGUCUAGUGAGUGCCCUGCAUGGCAGCAAGCGUCAUCUAAUUACCUUAUAUUGAUGGGGGCUUGAAGCAAUGGAAUCGGGUAGAGCUGAAACUGACUCCUGGCAACCAGUUUUAAGUACAUGUGUGUGGUGAUGAACAAAAAUAGCCAAAUCAUUUUGUUUUUUGUAUUUACUGAAAGAGAAAAAAUGAAUUUCAAAAAUAAGAAAUCACAAUUUUAAAUGUAUAUUUAUGUUUAAUUGAAAAUAACAGUAUGUGAUACAGAGAGAUGUUUGGUCUUUAGUACGUAUGUUGAAUUGUUAAUUGUAGAAGCUGUGAAAAAUAUAUGCAGUUGGCACAGCAAUUUUAAUGAAUGGAACUGCACAUUGUUCCCCCCCAACCCCCCCAUCAGUUGUUUUGGUCAAAUUCAGCCAGCAUACAUUCCAAGGACAUGGAGAGAGUCGGGGAAACUGACACGGUUCUCCCCAUUGAAACAAACAAAAGUGGACCAUUUCAACAUGGGAAAUACUACUCCCCAUGGCAAUUUAUAAUCAUAUUUUGUUUAUUUGUUGACAAUGAUAAUAUGAUUAAUAACGAUGAUAAAAACAAUAGUAGCCUUGCACUUUACUGUAUUGAAUUAUGACCUAAUCUUAUUUGUUGUGCUGUCAGUAUAAAGGCAUGCCAGAGAACGUCCAAUCCAUUAUUCCCUAUGCCACCCCACGAUCAUUGUAAUACACAUUUAGAUAUUUGAUGUUUUUGUCAAUGACAAUGGACAAGAACACUGUCCAUAUUUUUUGUAAAAACCUUAAUUGUUGUGAUAUAUGAUGUUAUCUGUGUUAUUUCAUUAGAGCAUGCAUGUCUGUCCAUGUUUGGGAUGGCAGCACAGGGCAUGAUCAUCCAGAUCACACAAGACUAGCAUCCUAGCUCACUGGGAAGCACAAGCUAGUGCAACGAGCUACACUACCGUAGCUCAUCUUCUCUUCACUUAGGGGACCCACUUUCAUAGAAAUGUAUAUCUACAAAGCCUCUGUGGACUGUUUCAUUCAAACUGCCUUUUGGUUUUAUCCAGUUUUUUUUCUUCAAGCACAUCAUGACCGCGGCGUCACAGUCCAAUUUUUUAAUUGCCACCAUUUUUAUGGACCACUCCAAUUUCCAUAAGAGUUAUCACUGCCAAAACAAGUUGACUGAUGAGCUUUCAGGGGAAGGCCAUGAAGAAUUACUGUCCAGUUGAGCAUAUCACCCAUGUUUUCUUGGACUAUCCUUGAUUCAUGAAUUUACAAACACGACGAAGUCCUCAAGGGAAGAGGAAAAGACAGAGCACCCAUACUUAACUAAACCUGAUUCAAAAAGGUUGACGCAUUGUGACCGUGUCAUAUCAUACAUACACUGUGAAUUGUAUGCAGUAAAACCAUUUUGGGACAUGUUUUCCUGCUUUGUCUUUGGGCCUUUGUUUACAGCCCGUUGUAAUCUCGUGGUGACUUUACUCUCCUCCAUGUAGUGUGUUAUUGUGCAUUGUAGUUAGGAGCAAGAGGGGAACAAAAAGCACUCAUAUUCUUAUAGAAAAGUGUCAAAGCUUCCUGUGCAAACUGAAGUGAAGCUGCCCCUUUACCGUGUAUCCCCAACCCAAAAUAGGUCUUACUAGUGAGGAUAGUACAGUAUAUGUAAAGUACAUAUGAUAUUUAUGCAUAAUGACAAAGCCCUAGACACCAUUUAUUUAUGUUAUAAUACUUGUAAAUUGUGACAGGAUGUGGCUGACCUCUUUCCCCUGUUGGCAUGUAGUUGAAGCCCCUAAUAGGGUGAAAUGUUGAGAAACAAAGGAAUGUCCAUUCUAUAAAUUACGUAUCUAUUAUUUGAAAGUCAUGUCAAUUCUGUGCAAUACAUUUCUAUCUGCAAUGCUUUGAACGUUUCGCACCAUUUGGAUAAGCCCUAGAUGAGUAACACAAUGAUAUGGAACAAAAAUAUAUUUAAGUAUGAACAUUCAUUUCUUGGGCCUAAAUCUAAAAUGUUACUUUGAGAGUAAGGGUGUUCUUUCUACCGGUUCCUACUGUUGUGGGAGGGAACGAUUUCAAAGUGAUAUAUUGGUCGGAAUACUCUUUCUUUAUAAGUUAAGGGUUUCUAGAGAUGCUAGUUAAACAUUAUUUGGCAUUCUUUGUUUAUAUCCUUUAAACGGUUCUGUCCCAUUUGUUGCCAAUUAUAUUUGAUGUUAAGUAUGAAGGAAAAAUAAGUUGACCAAAACAUGCAAGCUUUUUUGAAUGCUUUAAGAAAAUUAAAAGUUUGACUGUUUUGUUUUAA